GUACUGGUUAACUUUAGUAAUGUGCUUUAAUUAGCUAUAGAAUUCACCCUUCCAUGAGUAGACUCUGUAAUUUAUCCCAUAAUUUUGGUGUAACAUGGAAUCAGAUGAGGCUUUUCAAUGGACAAAAGGUACAAGCGGCUUCCUACCUUUCAGCUAUGAUCCUUUUCCCACAAGAUUCGUCAGGUCAGCUGUAGCUCUACUGUCGAGCAAUGCACUUUCAGUCCAGUCUGUUUGUCUCCACUUAUAUUGGAUUCAUAGAGCCAGACUGAAGUUUCAAGCAGAGGAAUGCUUGAAACUUACCAACCGCGGAUAAGGAGCUGAUGGAGGGAUACUUAGGUCUGAUCCUAUCAUAGGAUCAUGGAGUUGGAAGGGGCCUAUAAAAGGCCACCGAGUCCAGUCCCCUGCUCAGUGCAGGAAUAUACAUCAGAGGAGCUUCUUAUGCUCACUGCAGUAAGAACACUUGAUCAGAGGGGCCUCAGGGAUGGUAGAGGCACUUCAAGACAGCAGAGACAUAAGGCACCUCUUCAGCGAGCAGUCAUUUCCACUUGGCUGUCGUUCAGAGAGAUUAGACUGUUUGUGUGUCUGGAUCUCCUUCUAGGCUCCUCCAAGGCUCUGUGCCUGCCGCUUAGGGUUGCCGGACAACAGGUAGGCCAUGUGCCACAGGCGGUAGCCAAACGUCUCUGCCAGUAUCCAUCUGUUUUCUCAGUGUCUCAAGGGAAAGAGGCACCUGCUUAUAUGGAGCUGAACGUGCAGCUGGCAUCCUGGGAACAACGGACAGCUGCGGUGCAAGAGGUCCUCCAGGAACUGAGGGACCAGCAGGCCUUCCCCUGCUUAAAAGAGUGGAGGGAGGAGCUGUAUAGUGUGAGGCCCUAUUUUUGUGACACACCUCUCUUCAGCAUGGAGCGUGCAGCCACCCCGUUGUUAGGAGUGAAGCGCUAUGGUGCCCAUCUAAAUGGCUAUAUUUGGCAAAAUGGUCAGAUGUAUAUGUGGCUGGCUCGAAUAGCUUCGAACAAACCCACGUACCCUGGCUUACUGGAUAACCUGGCUGCUGGCGGCAUUGCAACAGGACUGGGUGUCACAGAGACACUAAUAAAGGAGUGCCAAGAAGAGGCUUGCAUCCCUCCCUCCCUCGCCGUGCAGGCCAAACCUGUUGGAACCAUCAGCUACACCUAUGAGGGGGCACAUGGAGGCAUCUACCCUGAAUGCCAGUUUGUCUUUGACCUGGAGCUGCCUGAAGAUUUUGUGCCCCAAGUGGGAGAUGGAGAGGUGCAGGAGUUCUACCUUUGGCCCCUUGAAAAGGUGAAAGAGGCCAUUGGAUCUUCAGAUUUUAAGCCCAACUGUGCAAUGGUGGCACUGGAUUUCCUUAUCAGGCACGGUUAUAUACAACCUGAUGAAGAACCUCAUUAUGUAGAGCUGGUGGAAGGGCUACACCGAACACUUUAAAAGCACUGGCUGUUUUGUUGACACCAAGCUCUGUGGUUUUGGCCAGGCCAGGCCUUUCUCAAGAUGGACACUACAGAUGGGUGCCAAAAGGAGAGACUGUGACAGAAUCUGCUUUGACUCAACAGGAAAGUGGCUGCCUGUUUUAAGCCAGUCCUCCAUGGAGGGUUGUAGCUUAAGGGAUUACUCAUGGUAUGCCAAGUGAGAGUGCUUCUGUACCAUAUUUACACACAGGGACACAAGCACACCAUAGAGUGUGCUGCCAGUGACCUUAACCAUAAAAAUAAAUAAAUCUCUCAUC